UCAGCCGUCACCUUCAAUUUUCUUAAACCCUAGACCCUCUUCCUCCAUACCUGCUUCUUCAAGAUCAUGUUAGUCUUGUUUGAAACACCAGCAGGCUUUGCCCUUUUCAAAGUGUUGGAUGAAGGAAAGCUCUCCAAAGUUGAUGAUUUAUGGAAGGACUUCUCAUCCGCAGAUACAGCAAGACAGGUGGUAAAACUAAAAGCUUUCUCCAAGUUUGAGAACACUUCAGAGGCACUUGCAGCAGCCACCUUGUUAAUUGAUAGCAAACCCACCAAAGGUUUGCGCAAGUUCUUGCGUGCUCAUUGCGAUGGUGAAACACUAGCUGUUGCAGACUCCAAACUCGGAAAUGUGAUCAAGGAUAAGCUGCAAAUUGAAUGUGUGCACAACCAUGCUGUGAUGGAACUUAUGAGAGGUGUUAGAAGUCAAUUGACUGAACUCAUAACUGGUCUGGGUGCCCAAGAUCUAGCUCCAAUGAGCUUGGGUUUAUCACAUAGCUUGUCCAGAUACAAGCUUAAGUUCAGUCCUGAUAAGGUGGAUACCAUGAUCAUUCAAGCUAUUGGCUUGUUAGAUGAUCUUGAUAAAGAGCUUAACACUUAUGCAAUGAGGGUCCGCGAAUGGUACGGCUGGCAUUUUCCCGAGCUUGCGAAGAUUGUUCAAGACAACAUUCUUUAUGCCAAGGCAGUUAAGCUCAUGGGUUAUCGGACAAAUGCUGCAAAACUCGAUUUCUCAGAGGUACUCUCUGAAGAGGUUGAGACCGAACUAAAGGAGGCAGCUGUGGUUUCUAUGGGAACUGAAAUCAGUGAUCUUGAUUUGAUUAAUAUUAAGGACUUGUGUGAUCAAGUACUGUCUCUAUCAGAGUACAGAGCUCAACUGUUUGAUUAUUUGAAGAGCAGAAUGAAUACGAUUGCUCCAAAUCUUACUGCUCUUGUUGGAGAACUUGUGGGUGCUCGACUCAUUGCUCAUGGGGGUAGCUUGUUAAAUCUUGCUAAACAGCCGGGGAGCACUGUUCAGAUUCUUGGUGCAGAGAAGGCUCUUUUUAGGGCUUUGAAGACAAAGCAUGCCACGCCUAAGUAUGGGCUCAUUUUCCAUGCAAGUUUAAUUGGUCAAGCCGCACCAAAGAUUAAAGGGAAAAUGUCUCGCUCUCUUGCUGCCAAAACGGCAUUAGCAAUUCGGUAUGAUGCUCUUGGAGAUAGCCAAGACAAUUCUAUGGGGAUGGAGAAUCGUCUCAAGCUAGAAGCAAGACUAAGGAAUCUUGAAGGGCGAGAACUAGGGCGUUCCGCGGGAUCAACUAAAGGCAAACCUAAGAUAGAAGUGUACAACAAGGAUCAAAAGAAAGGAUCUGGGGCAAUGAUAACACCAGCCAAGAGCUACAAUCCAGCAGCGGACUCUGUUCUUGGACGGUUAGAAGCUGAGGCUGAAGAAGCACAGAUGGAUGAGGGAAAGAAAGAUGAAAAGAAAAAGAAAAAGAAGGUUGUUACAGAUGAAGAAGCAGAUGAAGAUGUUGGCAAGGAAGAGAAGAAGAAAAAGAAGAGGAGGCAUGCAGAUGAGGAAGCUGGUGAGGUGCAGAAUGGAGAAGAGAAGAAGAAAAAGAAGAGGAAGCAUGCAGAAGCUGAUGAAGCAGAAACACCAAGUAAGAAGAAAGAGAAGAAGAAAAAGAAGACGACAGAGGUAUAGAAGAGAAUGGAAGGAUCAAAUAGAUGAACAAUUUUGGGUAUCUGAGUAACAAUUGGUGCUUUAGGGAGAGCCUAGCAGUGUUUGAUUUGGCUGUUUCAGUUUGUUCUCCAUAUGUAAUGUAACUUUAGUGGCAGAGGACAUAAUAUUUGCUAUAAAUUAGUUGCACUGCAACUUGUGGCCAAUCUCAUCUCUUUUACUUGAAACCAUAUCAAUAUUCAACAAUUGAGAAACAUGUAAUUCACAGGUUCUUUUUCCUUCUUCAACUUAUAUAUGAUAUCAUUACUAUUGCCAUAUCAA